AUGGCAGGCGCUAUAACUAUCAACAAGGCAGGUAAAGUCAGAAACCAGACACCAAAGGAUCCAGUCAAGGACAAAGAACGAAAAGUGUGCGGACGCAGUAGACAGAGAUUGAGAUUUGAAAAGAGAUCAGAAAUUGGAUACUUCGAUGCAAACGGAAAGAUGAAGCUGAAUGCUCAGUCUUAA